AUGAGUGCUCCUACUGGUAUGGGUCGUCGAACUGCUGCACAUUAUCGUGAUAUCGAUGUUCGUCUACAUAAGUAUAUUAAUCAACAAAGUGGAAAUGUUCUCUUCCCGGCUCAUCAGAACUUUCAUCACUUUCAUCCGGCGCCUGGAAUAGUACAUAAACCUCACUAUGCUCGUCGAGAACACCGACACUAUGGAAUCUACGCAUAUGAUGACGGCGACGACGAUGAAAGAAUGUUUCGACGACAUUGGCGGAUGCAUUACUGA